AUGGCUGGUACACAAAACAUGGCUGGUACACAAAAACAUGGCUGGUACACAAAACAUGGCUGGUACACAAAACAUGGCUGGUACACAAAUCAUGGCUGGUACACAAAACAUGGCUGGUACACAAAUCACGGCUGGUACACAAAUCAUGGCUGGUACACAAAUCAUGGCUGGUACACAAAUCAUGGCUGGUACACAAAUCAUGGCUGGUACACAAAUCAUGGCUGGUACACAAAUCAUGGCUGGUACACAAAUCACGGCUGGUACACAAAUCAUGGCUGGUACACAAAACAUGGCUGGUACACAAAUCAUGGCUGGUACACAAAUCAUGGCUGGUACACAAAUCAUGGCUGGUACACAAAUCAUGGCUGGUACACAAAUCAUGGCUGGUACACAAAACACGGCUGGUACACAAAUCAUGGCUGGUACACAAAUCAUGGCUGGUACACAAAACAUGGCUGGUACACAAAACAUGGCUGGUACACAAAACACGGCUGGUACACAAAACAUGGCUGGUACACAAAACACGGCUGGUACACAAAUCAUGGCUGGUACACAAAUCACGGCUGGUACACAACACAUGACUGGUACACAAAUCAUGGCUGGUACACAAAUCAUGGCUGGUACACAAAACAUGGCUGGUACACAAAUCAUGGCUGGUACACAAAUCAUGGCUGGUACACAAAACAUGGCUGGUACACAAAUCACGGCUGGUACACAAAACAUGGCUGGUACACAAAACAUGGCUGGUACACAAAUCAUGGCUGGUACACAAAUCAUGGCUGGUACACAAAACAUGGCUGA